AUGAUCCUGUACAAGGCAGACGACGCCCUGAUGUGCAAAGUGUUCGCGAUGACUCUGCGAGGAGCAGCUCAGGAUUGGUUCCACACUCUACCGUUCGCGUCAAUAGGCAACUUCAAGGAGUUCGCCAUCAUUUUCACAAAGGAGUACACCUCCUACAAGACGGUCAGAAAGCAUGCAGACCACCUGUUCAACCUGCGCAAGAAGCCAGACGAGUCUCUACGAGACUACCUGAGACGGUUUAAGGCUGAGAAGGCUAACAUCAUAGGAUGCAACGACCAAGUUGCAUCCUCAGCUUUCAAGAAGGGCUUGCCAACCGAGCACGAGCUAUACCGGGAGCUGGCCAUAACUCCAAGUCAAACCUUGGCAGAAGUGUUCGCGACGGCAGAGCGCUACGCACUUUGGGACGAUGAUCGUAUCGCCGCAAAGAAAGCUAGCAAGCAAGUUGACCACCCGACGAAGCAGGCAAGCCAAAAGAGCAACAAGUUCGAGCAAAAAGCCCGAGAUAAGCGCAGAUCGCGGCCCCAAGAGGGAAGCUCAGAAACAGGGACUUUCACUGAGUUCGCUAUCCCAAUCCACCAGAUCCUAGCUCAGGUGAAGGACAAGCCGUGGGAAAACCACGACGGGAAUUCACCGUCGUGUAUUCUGUUUUCAAAUGGUCGUGGAAUCCACCGACAUCUUUUCCAUAACCAAACCACGACGGUGAAUAACCGUCGUUGUUAA